AUGCCCGUCACCAAACCGCCCCCGACUUCCCAUAUUAUGAUGCUAUCGUAUUUACAAGCUUUCAGCGAAUCCAUGGCCGACAACCCCCCGGUGAGACAAAGAUCGUCACUCCAGGAGUUGGUCGACGCACACGAUCGAGUAAUAGAUGAUCUACGAGAAAUGGGCGAUCCAUCACCAGAUAGACAGCGCGAUGUUCUCGUGGCCCGUAUGGCCCUCGGUGCCGCUGCAUCGACAAAGCGGUGCCUUGAAGAGAACCCCGAACUAAUCUCUCAACUUGAUGAUGAGCUUCGAGACCGGGCCAUGGCUGUGAUAAAUCAUCUUCAAACCUUCAAUUCAAAAUUGAAUGAGAAGAUGGAAGAGUAUCUAGAGCAGGCGAAGGAGAAAUAG